UUCAGACUUUGUGCAGAAAGCUAAGACUACCUGAGACUUUCCAUUUUCGUCACUUAGCACACCUAACGCCAGGCUUUGUGGGUGCUGACCUGAUGGCACUCUGCCGGGAGGCAGCCAUGUGUGCAGUCAAUAGGGUCUUAAUGAAGUUACAGGAGCAGGAGGAGAGGGAUCCUGAGUCUUCUGGAAGAAGCCAGGAAGAAGUGAUUGGAACUGAGCCCACUACUAAAACACAGGUGCUUUCUGUACAGGAUGAAUUACAAAGGCUGCUGGGGUUGCUAAGAAACCAAGACCCCCUCUCUGAGGAGCAGCUGCAAGGGCUGUGCAUUGAAUUGAAUGAUUUCAUUGUUGCUCUAUCUUCCGUCCAACCCUCUGCCAAAAGGGAGGGCUUUGUUACUGUGCCCAAUGUGACAUGGGAAGAUAUUGGUGCCCUGGAAGAUAUCCGCGAAGAGCUCACCAUGGCAAUACUG